UCGACUGAGAAUUAAAGUGAGUGAACAAAGAGAACUCCCGGCAGCCAGCCGUGCGCCAGCGCCUCUCAGCUGCAUCAGGAGACUCCAGAGGGUCAGGCCGAGGGUUGCAGGCUGCUCCAGCGGGCCUCCCAAGGAAAAGAGCUCAAGUAAAUAAUUGAUGGAGAUUGAUCGGACCCGAGACAAAGCAUUGCAGGAAACCAAUACAUCCGAUUUUAAGCGGUUUUGGAGUCUUCUGCCAAGUACAGGAAAUGGGAGUGAAGCAAGGAUUUUGAUGAGCCAGGCUGACAAUUCUCCAUCUCGGGCGUGGCUCUGGCCUUUUUGUCUACUUGCCUCCCACCCGCUACCCCGGUUCCCCAUCCUCACCUUUCUCUCUCCUCUUUGAGUAACCACUCCGGUUACUUCUCUCCUGUCCUCCCUCCAAUCCCGCCCUCUUCCCAGCCCAGUCCGGUGAGGUCAGCUCAUGAAUACCACUGCACUUCCUGGGGAUUGUCUGGCACGGCUUGGUACCCGGGCAUCCGCCUGAUGCAGUUGCAGUUCCAGCCCAGGCAAGCAUCGCCAGCUAGGAACGGGCUCCCAGAGUUCCGAGUCUUUGUGGUUACCGCCUUUGUUUGGAGAACCAGAGUGGGUGUGGAUCCGGUGCAAGCAAGCCUGCUCAGCAAGAAAGUCAACACUGCGAAGUUGAACUCUCCCUGAAAGAUAAACCCGGAGGACUCCGAAAUAUCAGGAAGAAAGCAGUGUUGAUUUGCAUCAACUUCCUGGAAGCAGCGCCUCUGCAGAGAAGUGAGAACUUCUGGAUUUCUAAAGAGAAAAGGAUGAGAAACGGGCUUAGAAAGGAAGGUUGGUGGCAGAAAGGAGAGAAGAGGAUGAUCUAGAGAUGGACCGUUCCAUGUCGCAUCCGGUAGGUUCUUCCUAGACUGCCAUGAGUCAGCCACCGUCCGGGGGCGCUGCCCCAGCCGCAACCUCAGCUUCUGCUGCCGCCGCAGCCACGGAGGCUCGCCUGCACCCGGAGGGCAGCAGCAGAAAGCAGCAGCGAGCUCAGUCACCUGCUAGGCCUAGGGACAAUUCUUUCCGACAGACCGCCGCGGCCACGCGGUCCCCGCUUGGGGUCGGCACUAAACUCAAUUCCGUUCGGCAGCAGCAGCUGCAGCAGCAGCAGCAGCAACAGCAGGGUACCAAGAUAACCGGUCGCGGCGCCUCUGGGGCCGGCUCUAGAGGAUGCGGAGGCGGGGCGGAGAAGGCGACGCCCGCGGUACCCAAAGGGGCUGCUCCCGGAGCUGUCCAGCCCGCGCCUGGUGCUGAAGGGCCCCCCGCGGCUAUCCUGGCCGCUGUGAGCGGCAGGAGGCCCGGACCGCCCGAGGACCCACCCCGGGAGAUAGAGUCGGUGCCCUCGAAAGUCGGGGAACCCCCUCCGCUCGGGGGAGGAGGGGGAGGGGGCGGGGAAGGAGGAGGAGCCGGCGGCGGCCCGGGGGACCGGGAGGGGGGCGCUCCGCAGCCGCCACCGCCCAGGGUUUGGCGAGGGAAAGGCGUCCGCGCCUCGCAGAAGGGUAGCAGCGGUGGGGAGGGGGUCUCCCCUGUGCCAUCCACCGCUGCUACAAGCAGAGCCCCCGGCCCGGGCAGCAGAAACUCUGGAAGCGGCGUCGCAGGGGGCGGCAGCGGAGGUGGAGGGAGCUACUGGAAGGAGGGAUGUCUGCAGUCUGAGCUCAUCCAGUUCCAUCUCAAGAAGGAGCGGGCGGCGGCCGCAGCGGCCGCGGCUCAGAUGCACACGAAAAACGGUGGCGGUGGCAGCCGCAGCUCCCCGGUCGCCGGCGCCCCUGCCAUCUGUGAGCCCCUUGUGGUCCCCUCCUCCUCCUCCUCCUCCCCAAUGGCCGCCGCCGCCGAGGGCCCCCAGCAGAGCGCAGAGAGCAGCGGCAGCGGCGGGGCCAUGCAGGCGGCGGCUCCCCCAUCGUCGCAGUCCCACCCGCCGCAGCUCCAGGAGCAGGAGGAGAUGCAGGAGGAGAUGGAGAAGCUGCGGGAAGAGAACGAGACUCUCAAGAACGAGAUCGAUGAGCUGAGGACGGAGAUGGACGAGAUGAGAGAUACUUUCUUCGAGGAGGACGCCUGUCAGCUGCAGGAAAUGCGCCAUGAGUUGGAGAGAGCCAACAAAAACUGCCGGAUUCUGCAGUACCGCCUCCGCAAAGCCGAGCGCAAAAGGCUCCGUUACGCGCAGACGGGGGAAAUUGAUGGCGAGCUGUUGCGCAGCCUGGAGCAGGACCUCAAGGUUGCAAAGGAUGUAUCUGUGAGACUCCACCACGAACUGGAAAAUGUGGAAGAAAAAAGGACAACAACAGAAGAUGAAAAUGAGAAGCUGAGGCAGCAGCUUAUAGAAGUUGAAAUUGCAAAGCAAGCCUUACAGAAUGAACUGGAAAAAAUGAAGGAGCUAUCCUUAAAAAGAAGAGGAAGUAAAGAUUUGCCAAAAUCUGAAAAAAAGGCUCAACAGACGCCCACAGAGGACAAUGAGGAUUUGAAGUGCCAGCUGCAGUUCGUUAAGGAAGAAGCUGCCCUGAUGAGAAAGAAAAUGGCCAAGAUUGACAAAGAAAAGGACAGAUUUGAACAUGAACUCCAGAAGUACAGAUCCUUCUAUGGGGAUCUGGACAGCCCUCUACCCAAAGGAGAAGCUGGGGGGCCUCCCAGCACCAGGGAGGCCGAGCUCAAGCUGCGGCUGCGGCUGGUGGAGGAAGAGGCCAACAUCCUGGGCAGGAAAAUAGUGGAACUCGAGGUGGAGAACCGAGGCCUGAAGGCGGAACUGGACGACCUGCGGGGCGAUGAUUUCAAUGGCUCGGCCAACCCCCUCAUGCGGGAGCAGAGCGAGUCCUUGUCGGAGCUGCGGCAGCACCUCCAGCUGGUAGAGGACGAGACGGAACUGCUGCGGAGGAACGUGGCCGACCUGGAGGAGCAGAACAAACGCAUCACCGCGGAGCUCAACAAAUACAAGUACAAGUCCAGCGGCCACGACAGCUCGAGGCACCACGACAGCGCCAAGACGGAGGCCCUGCAGGAGGAGCUGAAGGCGGCGCGCCUGCAGAUCAACGAGCUGAGCGGCAAGGUCAUGCAGCUGCAGUACGAGAACCGCGUGCUCAUGUCCAACAUGCAGCGCUACGACCUGGCCUCACACCUGGGGAUCCGCGGCAGCCCCCGCGACAGCGACGCCGAGAGCGACGCCGGCAAGAAGGAGAGCGACGACGACUCCCGGCCUCCCCAUCGCAAGCGGGAAGGGCCGAUUGGCGGCGAGAGCGACUCGGAGGAGGUGCGGAACAUCCGCUCCCUCACGCCCACCCGCUCCUUCUACCCGGCACCGGGACCCUGGCCCAAGAGCUUCUCCGAUCGACAGCAGAUGAAGGACAUCCGCUCCGAGGCCGAGCGCCUGGGAAAGACCAUCGAUCGGCUCAUCGCCGACACGAGCACCAUCAUCACCGAGGCGCGCAUCUACGUGGCCAACGGGGACCUGUUCGGACUGAUGGACGAGGAGGACGACGGCAGCCGCAUCCGGGAGCACGAGCUGCUCUACCGCAUCAACGCGCAGAUGAAGGCCUUCCGCAAGGAGCUGCAGACCUUCAUCGACCGCCUGGAGGUGCCCAAGUCUGCGGAUGACCGCGGCGCCGAGGAGCCCAUAUCCGUGAGUCAGGUACAGUUCUGCCUUUUGCGAGCCAUGGCGAUGGCGAGGCUGGCCCAUGGAGCUGCGGUCCCUCGUGGGGCAUCUCCGACCCCGACUUCCACAUCCUACCUUAGGGAAGUUCCAUCUCAUAGCCUUGCGGGGCUUUGAAGCCCCAAAGGCACUUGUGUUUUCACACUGUAUUCCACCAGGCAGAGGUUCCCGAAACCGGCUAGGUCAAUAACAAUUAUUCCUUCCUGUUCUGCAGAAGGGGAAAUUCAACACCAACACAGUCAGGUUUUGUGGAAUGACUGAUGGAUUUUUAAAUGCACAUUAUCAUUUUAAAAGGUCAACAUUUUUUUUUUCAGUAUUUCCCUAACAGAUUGGCUGGCAUAAACAUACUCAAUAGGAACCCUCAAGUGUUUAUUUGAGGUUUGUGAGCAAGGUUCAAAUUGAGUUGUAAGAUGAUAAAAAAUAACCAAAUAAACCGGGGGAAGCGGUGCACACCUUAAUUCCCAGGACUUGGGAGAAGUAGAAACAGAUGGGUCUCUGUGAUUAUAGGCCCCCAGGGCUGCAUAGCGAGACUCUGUCUAAAAGUGUUUUUUUCUUCCUAAUUAAACAAGAUUAACCAGUACUUCUGAUGAAUGUUCAAACUGGUAGUAAGGAGACAUGAUUCUGUGCCCAGAGCCCUAUGGGUAAGACACAUACAAGCUGCCCCUUUAGCUAAAUUGAGGCAACACGGUGGUUAUUUCUGGUUAGAACACCAUCAGUUCAAUAGUGGAGCUCCAGAGUGAGAAGUUCGUAGCAUAGCUUUAAGGCGAUACUAAUUCAAAGAAAUAAUAAUAAGUGUUCCAGCACAGGGGAAAGCAGCAUUUCCCUCCUGACUUGUAGAGGCAUUACCGGAUGAAUGGGACUCAGCAGCUUUGGCCAGGUAUGGUGGCCACUGAAAGAUCACUGCAUUUUGCCCACGUUAACCACAUAAAAGAUCUUUAUGGAGCCAAGCAGGCAGUGCCGCCCCCUCGCAGCAGCCUGAUGUCCUGUGUCCAUUGGAGAACCCACCGAAGUACAACAGCAUGCAUGGCUUUGAACACACUGGAGACACCGAUGUUUAAAACCCAGUCUAUGCGCAGAAGCAUGACGUCAGAUUACUUGCCUGUUGACCUCAGCUAGAGAACUUGCAGCCCCAUCGCUUAUAUUGCACGUUGCUAUGCUUUGCUGUGGGAGG